UGGCACUGGGGCCAAGCAGGCAGAGAAGAAAGCAAAGCAGACGCCGUUUGAGACGUCCCCAAGCAACAUGCGCAUGGCGCAGAUGCAGAUCAAGGAGCCAUUUCUAAAAUGGUUGCCUAUGGAGGAGCGGGACAUUAAGUUGAACAAGUAUGUCGGGGGCCGGUGCGAUUUUGAGGGAAUAGACUGGCUGCUGAGGAAGUGGGUCCUCCCCGCUUUGGACGUUGUAUGUGACACGUUUGGCUACGACAAAAUCAAAAGAAAUGCAGACAAGGCUCAGUAACACUAUUAUCCCGUGCUUGAUAACAAUGCUAGCCAAGCAGGAUAAGUCGGACUCGAAAAACAAGGUGGGCUGCGAUCCUGAAACAAUCUCUCUGAUUGAUUUGGACGAUACGUUCAGCGGCACGCAGCUUGCGGCGCUCUUCAAGCGGGGUCUGCAACAGAUGGACCUUGGUUUGGCAGCAGCACCGCCCCUGUCGAAGCGGGUGAAGGACUUGCUCGAGGAGCGCGACAAGGUGGCGGGGAAGCUGCUGGCUCUGCUCAAGGCCAUCGACAGCGAAGUGUCGCCUGCUGGGGAGGAUGCCACCAACAGAGGCAGCGCGCGUACAAGCCCUCGUCCAGAAGAGGAUGAGGACGGGGUCACGUUCAGAGCUCAGGAAGGCCUCCCAGGCGAUGUGAGCGGAGCAAAGUUGGGCGAGGGAGAGGAGGGAGACGAGGGAGAGGGGGGAGAGGAGGGAGACGAGGGAGAGGAGGGAGAGGAGGGAGACGAGGGAGACGGAGAGGGACCCCAAGGAGGAGAUGCAAAAGCGUCUGAGGCCAUGGAUGAGGACACUGUCAAGGAGGAGGAGCAGACAAGAGGGGAGGCCAUGGUGGAAAACUUCAAGGAGCACAUUAAGCUCAAUUACGAUGACGAAAAGAUGGUUAACGAGGAGCCCAAUAAAGACGAGGUUGAAACGCCAAGAGACACAUCAGCAGCUGCGGCGCCAGCGGAGGUGGGGGACAGCCCAGGAAGCUCCUAUGGGCCGAGCCAUCGCCAUGAAGACGACAGUCGGGGCCUCCUACCGCCGAGGUCCACGAUGGACCUCGGCACGUACGUGCACGUCACGAAGCUGCACGAUGACUUCUUGAAGAAUGUAAAGGAGUGUAAGGGGGACGAUACUGUAGCGGAGUGGCGUUCGGGCAAAGGGAACGUGAGCCAGGUUGUGUUUUACACGACCGAGUAUGCGAAGUACAACGUGGAGAAUGGACGAUACGGGUCCAUUUACGGCCAAGGGUAUAACGUCAAGAAGUGGGUGGGGGCAGAGAACGUGCCAAUGGCGGUCAUCAAGAUAGGGCAGAACGGCAAGUUGGAAGUGGGGGCCGUCGACGCGGCAAACGAGCAGAUCAAGGAGUGGUGGGCUGCGACGAACCCAGGGAAGGCCUUCGACGAUUCCUUGCUUACAAGUGCGGCUCAGCUGGAGAAGCUCAUUGAGAUAGCGGAAAAGAAGCUGAAGAACGAGUGCGGCUUGCCGCCGAACAAGGCGAAGCUGCCGGCGGGCUCUUACGAGCUGGGGCAAUUUUACUACAUGCAGAAUUGUCACGACUUCCUGACCCUGCCCUUAGAGCAUGCACCGGGCCUGUCGACGUAUGCCUACCUGGAGGCUGAGCUCCUCAUCUCGUUGGGCCAGCGGGCUGCCUCGUGGUCCAAGAAGGACUUCCAGAAGCGCAUCAUGAAUGACUUGAAUCGCCGCAUUUCGCGGCAGAGAAAGAUUCUGGACCAGGGAAACCGAGCCGUGAUGAAGAAACACUGGCAGGCGCAUGGCGACGCGGCCGACUACGAUGAGUUGGUUGUUAGACUAGUGUAAGACAGCAAGCGACUUGUUCAAGACAUUCGAAUUCGGUCAUGAAGUUGGGAAGUUGGUUGGACCAGUGAUGGUCUGUGGUGGCCACCGUGACAGAAACUUGUCGAAAUGAUAGGUGAUCAAAUGGUUCUUUGUUACUUCUUGAUAUCCUGUUGAGAGGCUUGUUGAAAAAUCGAUCGAGUCCUGUACAGCCUGUCUGUCUACAGAUUCCGUCUUUCUUACAGCAAGGCACAUGGGCGGGCCAGCUCUUACUGCUUGCUGCAACUUUGGUUUGCACGUAUGGCAUGCAAACCCU